UACAGAAUGUGAAGCGUCCUCGUCUCGUCUAGUCCUCUCCUCCUCCUCCUCCUCCCUCCUCCUCCUCUCCGCUUUCGCUUUGACCAAACCCAAACCACGCGCAGCGCUCCCAUCGCCCAGGGCAACGCCACGAAACCUAGCCCCACCGACUCGCCUCGCCUCGCCUCGGAAUCCCCCAACACCAGAGCGCGGCGGCGACCAUGGAGCCCUCCCCCGUCGGCGGCGGGUCCGCCUCCGGGUCGGUGGAGCGGUGGCGCGCGGAGGCGUCGCGGGCGUUCCAGCACUACCUGGAUCGGGCGGCGCCGCACACGGCGGGGCGGUGGGCCGGCACGCUCGUGGCCGCGGCGGUGUACGCGCUGCGGGUCUACUACGUGCAGGGGUUCUACGUCGUCACCUACGGCCUCGGCAUCUACCUCCUCAACCUCCUCAUCGGGUUCCUCUCCCCCAUGGUCGACCCGGAGCUCGAGGCGCUCGACGCCGGCCCGGCCCUCCCCACCCGCGGCUCCGACGAGUUCAAGCCCUUCAUCCGCCGCCUCCCCGAGUUCAAGUUCUGGUAUGCCAUCACAAAAGCCUUUUGUGUUGCUUUUCUGAUGACAUUCUUCUCUGUAUUCGACGUUCCUGUCUUCUGGCCAAUACUUCUCUGCUAUUGGGUUGUGCUUUUUGUCCUGACAAUGAAGCGGCAAAUUGUGCAUAUGAUAAAGUACAAGUAUGUCCCAUUCAGCAUAGGAAAGCAGAAAUAUGGUGGAAAGAAAGGCCCGGGAGCCAGUACGUCUAAAGACUGAGACCUGGAUUGCAGAUCCCUGUGUUGCUCUUGAGGCAACAUGCUGGCAUGGUGGUUUUUUGGUACCAGCUACUGACAGUGGAUGUACACCUCCAUUCGCUAGUCGAGAGGAGCUUAAAGAGACUUUGCAUCGGUUGAUGACCAUUUGUGUUGUAUAUCAGAUUCUUCUGUGCAAUGACUCGUUCAUUUAUAGUUCUUGUGCUGUGCGGCUCUUGUGUGGACGAGUAAUGAACCUAUUGAGUCAGGUGCAAUGCAAAUCAAAACUAUUGGGGCUUGACAUGGAUUUGUACUGGAAUUCAACAUGCUCGUUUCCAGACGGGGCCCUUAAUUACUCGCAUGUUAGUAACACAUUUGUUAUUCUAUUUAGAGUCCUAUGAAGGUUGUCUGUUUUGUGUAUGCGCAUGAGCCAUUCGGUAAUUGUUACUCCCUUCAUCCUA